AUGGAUUCAAAAGAUAUCAAUUUCUCACCAAAAAACGCUUCGUCACUAAAGAAUGUAACAAGAAUAACGAGACCGACUAACAAAUACAAAAGUGAUGAAUCGAAGAGGAUCUCUGUAGAUGCAGAUAAGAAGCGUAAAAGACAGAAAAGGAAACACCGUAAUCUGAACUAUAAUUAUAAAAGCUCCGGGAACAGAAAAUAUGAAACAUGGAAAAAACUUAAAGAUGUGAAGAAGGCAGAAGUGAAACAAGAAGGAAUUCUAGAUGUAGACAAAAGCAGGAACAAGGUUCCACCGGAUCAAAUGACAACAAACGGGAAGUCAGAGUCAAACGGGAAGUCAGAGUUACCUACAACAAAUAAUCAUUCAGAAGAAUCUCCUCACGAACCUGAAACAAAGCACAGCAAAUCGAAAAAUAUAAGUGGUAAUUUGAUCAGGAAGAAAAAAAAUAAAACAGAUGCUAGUUCAACAAGAAAUGAUCCAAAACAGAAACACAACAAAAGGCAUCAUGGAACAGGCAUUAAGGAGAAAUCAAUCGAUUCAGAAAUAGCGGAAGGGAUUGAUGAAAAACCAGAUCCAGCAAUCGAUAAGACAACGAAAACGGAAGUAGCAAAUACAUUUAAGCAAGGCAUAAAAAAACUUGUUGAGUUGAAUUCUAAAAGUAGUUCAGUGAAAGAUUCAAAAAGAGUCAAUAAAUUAAGAAAAGAUAGAACAAAGAAGAAAAAGUCAGAAAAGGAAUUAGCAAAAACUGAAAAAACUUCGGGCGCAAAUAAAGCAAAAAGAACGACUGUGAAAGAGAAGAGCUUAAACGGUUCCGGCACAGAUUCGGAAAGUAUCACUGGAUCAGAAAAGAAGGAAAAGAAAAAGAAGGCGAAAAAAUUAUGUGGGAAAAAAGGUAGGGAUUUAAAAUCUUCUGUUAAAUGUCGAAAGUCGUCGCAGAAGAUCAGAAUGAGGGAUGUGGUUCUGAAGGAAAAAGACAGAAGUAUAUCUGGAAAACAAUCAGAAAGUAUCAGCGAAUCAGCAAAAAAAAAAAAGAGAAAAAAGAUUAAAAGUAAAGAAAGAAAAACAAAGAAGCUUUCUGGAGAUCUUUAUGAAUCUGAAAGAAUUAGAAAUAAGAAGAAAGCCAAAAAAGGCAAAAAUACUUCGAAAAGUAUGCGUGAGCAGUGUAAAAUAAAGAAGCGUAAAGCAAAAAAAGUGAAAAGUCAUCAUAUUCAUAAAGGAAAGGAUGAAAAUGAAAUUAAUAAUAAGAAAAUUAAAUUGGAGGAAGAGAAGGAAAAAAUGAGAGGAAGAGGCAUAAGAAAAUCUAAAAGUAAUGAGAAACUUAAUUUUCAUAAAAAAAUGAAACGAGUGGAUGAAAUCUUGAAAUCAGGAAGUGAAAAGGAGAACAAAGAAAUGGAAACUCAGGAAAAAUUAAGCUCCAGGAGAAAGAUGGGAAAGAGAAAGCGUGAAAGGGAGACUCAAGAAGAUCAGAGAAGAGAGGACAAAUCAUCGGAAGUUACAAAGAGAUCCAUUUCUAUCUUUGCAGCAUUAUCAGAAAAAGAACAAUCUGACGAUAAUAUCCAACAAACCGAUCAAAAAGACAGUCCCACUGGUGAGGAAAAAGAACAAAUGGCAGCAAUCGAGAAACAAUCACAACAGAAAAUGAAAAAGCAUAAAGUAAAUGAUAUGACAACGCCGAAACGAAUUUCACAUGGAAUGAAGAAAAUCGAAGAGUCAAAUAAUGAUGCUGCUCAGAGACGAGAAUCGUCAGAGGAACCAGCAGUAACGGUGAUGUCGAAUAAAAUCAAGGAGAAAAAAGUGAUGGGUGAGAGUAGCCCAUCAAAUGUGGUCCUGUCCUCAACAAGUGCUUCAAUAAGUUGUAGUGAUCAAGAUGCAAAUUCCAGGACUCCUGAUGAAGAGUUAGAGAGGAAAAUGAAAUUUAAACAAGAGUCCGAACAAGUGGUAGAUAGCAGAAAAGCGACAAUGACCGGAUCUCCUGUUUAUAUGAACCCUGAAACAGAAGAUAAUGAAGCAAAUAAGUCACAGGAGCGAUCAUAUGUUGAUGGACUUGUACAGAUUCGAACUAUUCUCGAGAUUUAUGGGAUAGAUGAACAGAAAACAGAAGCGUUUAAUAAGUUGUUGGACGAAGAUAUAUCAAUGACAGAAAAAGAAAUUGCUGCAAAUUUGAGGAAAGCAGUUUGUGAUUUACCAAUGGAUAAAGAACUCCUCGAAAAAGUACUCAAGAAAAUGCAAUUCAGUGGCCUGCUUAGGAAGCAAGAACAUGAAAUGCUGGAAAAGAAUUUGGUACCACAAGCAGUAAAUGAAAGUGUCACAAUUGCACUACUUGCGCAAGUGUUGCAGCGACAAAAACUCAAGAAAUCAAUUUCCUGA